UAUCGAGAAUAGUCUGGCAAACUGGGCCACAAUCCGAAUUCUCAUGGCCGAGCCUGUCGCCAGAUGGUUAGUCCAGUCCAUUCUCAAACAGACGGAGAGGAUGAUCCGACCCGGCACACAACUCCUGACCUGGAGCGAAACCAUCAGGCCAGCCGGCAUCUUUCUUUCCAUGCCAGACUGCUCCAACCCAUUUGCAGCGAUAGUGUUCUGUCUGACCGGGCUUUGCCCCUCUCUAAGCCCAAAAUAAGUAAGAACGGCAGCCACCAUUACCAGAAGCAGUUGCCCAUCUACGCCCCAUUUGCGAUAAAAUUUGACCACUAUCCUCUAGCC